AUGGAAAGCCCAUCUCCUCUUGGUCGUGCCUUCGACGUCCCGGUAAGCUGUUUGAAUUGGAAAAAUUUUUAUCUCAACGCGCAUCGUCCCGCGCCAAAUCCCUUCAUUUUUUUUUUCACCGGCUUUCGUUCUGAUCUGUGGUUGCUUUUUCAGCCAUUGAAAAAUAAAUUUUAAAAAAAUUUAUGCUGUUUUUUUGCAUGAAAAAAAUGCCUCUCAGUCUCAUUUGAAAUAUUUCGACGUGUCUGUUGAAUUUCUUUUUCAGACAGUAAUUAUUUUUAUUGUUUCAGACUUUUUUUUAAAGUGAUAUUUCACAUUUCGAUGAAGGUUUCAUUGAUUUUUUUGUUUUUUUCAUGGUAUUCGCAUGCCUACGGUAACCGUUAUCAAUUUAAUUGUUUCCUCGUUUUGAUUUUUGCUUUUUUUCUUGUUUUCGUUCUUCUUUCUCAUUCUUCCUUGUUUGUUCUUUUUUCUAAUAUUACCUGAACAUCUUAUUUGUAUGGUAUUGGGUGGAACGUAAAAACAAGAAAAAAAAACCAGAAAUCGAAAACAUGGAAACAGUUUCAUCGGUAACUUCGCCAUCAGUUCGUUCCCAAACAUGAAGAAAAAUCAUUGAAUAGCUUUUGGAAACGACUUGUUUCUUCAUUUUCCUUAUUUAUUAUUCCACUUUCUUUUUCCUGUAUCGACUAGCUCAUGUAUACAAAAGGCGUUACACAUUCAAUUGCACUUUUUUUUAUUUUCUUUCAUCUUGUCAAACGGCUGUGUCAUGAAUCAAACAAAUUGUCGUUUUUUGCCUUCCAAUCAAAAUAAGUCCUUCAAAUGUUUCUAUACUAUAUCCCUCCAAUUCGGAUGAUCAAAUUUUUUACAAAUUCGUCUAGAGGAAGAAUAAGAUAAUAAUCUCACGAGAAUUUCCCCAACCUGGCCGUUCUUAGAAGGUCCUAACGUCUGUGUCUUCUUUUUUUUUCUCAUCUUUCCCUCGUCUUUCUCAAACUUUCUAAUAUUUUUGUUUCCAGUCCGAAUUACCCGUUUUGCAUACUAUUUAUUAAUUUUUUGGUGCAUCUAAAGUUGACGAAUCAGGAAUGGACACUUCGGAAAUUCAGCAAUAUGUUAUCAGAGUAAUGGAAUAUGUCAAAGAGGUGAGGUUUUCGCGAGUAAACUGCAAAACUCACAUAAGUUAAUGAGUCUUGCGCGUUUUGAUUACAAUCUGAAACAAGUUAGGAAAUCUUGUUCAAAUAGUCAUCUCAGCUAGCAAUGAAUGUGUAUUGUGUCCAAGCUGGCGACUUGAGGCACGGACGAUGUCGCCGGACGAGAUCGCGUGGCCUCUGCGACUGCUGCUCAUUCUUCUCGGCUACGCGACUGUCGUCGUCCCAGCCGCCUUCGUAGUGGUUUAUAUCCGCCGUAAUUCCGAUUGUUUGUUUGUUCUGAUCAUCUCCCUUCAAUCGUUCGUUUCAAGACUUUGAAAAUCGGAGUAAAAGUCUAUGGGCAAGAUGGUUGCGUCUUUUUGCUGUCGGUAAUCCAGGAUACGAGUUGUUGGUGGAGGAAAACACGCAAAAGUUUGUUCUUUCUCAGCUCAAACCGACCCUUUUUUCUAUUUCAGGAGGAAAGAAGACCGCCUUGAGAACAAAUUUUGGCAUGAUCUAUUCCUACUUCUGUUUUUCUUCAGUGGUAUACAGGUAUAUACAGUCUUUUUGAGAUUGUAUCACAAAAUUUCGUCGAAAAGAGCUUUUAUUCAUUUUCGCAUCACUAUCCAACUCAUGUUGGAAUUAGAAGAAACAAAUUCUUGAUAUACGAUUUUUGAGAAGCUGUCGCUGUUGGCUUUCAAUGGAGUUUUCUUGUUUUGCAGAAUAAUGUUUUUUUUUCUCCAGACAACCCUCGUGAUGAUGGGAUUUCUGCAGGAGCGCAUAAUCACUCUGGGAUAUCCCUUGCAAAGUGAUCCUGACAAGGUUCUUUUCGAUUUGUAUACUUUUUCAGACAAAUUUGAAGGUGGAUAAAUUCGGAGACGCACAGUUUCUGAUUUUCUGCAAUAGACUCGUAGCCUUGGUGUUCAGCGUUUUUGUUUUAUCAAUCAACUGGAAGAGGCAAGUUUUUUUAAUCUUCACAAGUGUUUCAAAUGCACUAUCUGUAUUGAGUUGAGAGAGCAUGCUCAAUGAACAUUCAGUUUUUUACGUAUUGGAAAACAAAAGAAAUAUUUCUAUUUUCCAGACAACCGCCUCAUGUUCCUCCAUUGUAUGUCCAUUCCUAUACUUCGUUUUCGAACACUUUGUCUUCUUGGUGUCAAUAUGAAGCUCUCAAAUAUGUCUCCUUCCCUACUCAGGUCAAUUUUAAACACAAUAACGGAAAGAAGGAACCGAAUAGAUUGUAAGUAGUAAAAAAAAACUUCUAGAGAAAGGACUUCGGGAAUUUUUUUGCAGUUCAGAACUUUUACUCUCAUUUAAAAAAGUUUGCUUCAGACCAUUUGCAAAGCGUCGAAAGUAGUCGUGACAAUGUUGAUGGGACGGGUAGUGCGCGGUCAAAAGUGAGCGGAAUCUCUGGAAUUUGAAAUAAAGAGUAAUUGACAGAUACUCUUGGUUUGAAUACGGCUGCGGGACGAUGAUCGCCUGCGGAGCGAGUCUUUUUCUGCUCUCCUCCAGCAGCCAUUCUUCCGCCAUGAUCAGCACCUCGGUGAGUCCGAACUGCUCGCCACUAGAGCAAAGGAACUACUUUUUAAUUUUCUUUUUUCUUGCCGAUUUGAAAAAAACACUGAAAAUUCGUUUUUUGACAACUUGGACUAUCUUUUUUUGUGAAAAUGCGCUUCUGGUAUAGAAAAAGUUUUAACAUAUUUUGUAGUCUCUAUAUAUUUUAUUCUAUCAAAAUUCUUGAAUUUUGACUCUUUUUUAAGAAAGUGGGAAUCGUAUGGGCCGUCCGAGUUCCAUGUCUUUAUUUUUUUAGAAAAACUUUUUAGACAUUGUUUGUGUAAUAUUGAGUUUUAGUUCUCGGGGUUGCUGCUGAUGAUUGGAUACCUUCUGUUCGAUGCGUUCACACUGAACUGGCAGAAGGCUUUGUUCGACACGCGGCCCAGAGUUUCCAAGUAUCAAGUUUGUCAGGAAUGAGGAAUGGACAGGUCCAAACAUUGACUUGAGAUGAUGUUCGGAGUGAACGCCUUCUCUGGCAUCCUGUGUCUGGUGUCUCUCGUUGAACAGAAGACUCUCUGGUCCUCCUUGGCCUUUGUCAGUCUUCACCUCGGAGUCGCUCAGGAUAUCUUCUUGCUGAGUUUUGCGGGAGCUGCUGGUCAGGCGAGUCAGCUUUAUCUACUUGUACCGAAUCCCAGAUAGCGACCAUACAAUUAUCAGAAUCUGAAAAUGUAGAAAAAAAUUCAUCAUGACUAGCUGAGUUUGACUGACAGAAAAUAUUUUGAUUCAAAUAAUUUUAAAUUUUCUACAGUUUUCUUUUUCUGAGCCUUAUGGGUUAUGUCUAUGGUUAUGAAACACUUCAACAAGUUUUUAUGAGGAGAAUAGUUUUCAAAACUUUUUCACUUCAGCUGUUCAUCUAUGCGACGAUUGAAAAGUUUGGCCCGAUCGUUUUCGCUGUAAUUAUGACGAUUCGACAAGUUUGUUCACAUCGAAUAAUACAAAAUAUCCGUUCGAAAUCUUUGCAGAUGUUGUCUAUAAUGCUGUCGGCGAUCUACUACAAACACGAAAUGUCUGUUGUUGCACUACUCGGGUUCAUUAUCGUCUUCGCUUCUAUUUUCGUGGACAUUCAAAAAAAAUAUUUCGAUAAGCGCAUUUCUAAGUAG